AUGAGUUGCUCCGACUGCUGGCAGGGGCUCUUCGGUUUCCGGCAGGCCCGUCGUCCCAGGAAGUCGGGAACCCCCUCCGUGGCGAGCGUGCUGUCGGCCCGGCUGAGCGCUGAGGGCUCUGGGCCGGGCCUGGUAGCUGCCGGCGACGGGGACCCCUCGCUCUUCCGGCUGCGAUGUGGGCCCGACUACCUCCGCUGUGGGGCCAAGGCCACGCCAGGCCCGGCGCUCUACAGAUGUUUUGGUGUAGAGGUCUUGGAGGCACCUUGCCAGCUGCACAGCUGCACAGAAGGCCUGCCCCUGCCUUCUCGGGUCGAGAGCCGGCUAAGCCUCCCGCAGAUCAUCGUGGUGAAUUUUCAGCUUCCCUUCGAAGCCGGGCCUCUCAGGGGGCCGCACCCACCCCAAGAUCAUGGCUGCAGCGUCGUGCUGAUGUUCAAGCUGAAGGAGUCGGCAGAAGACUGCCCUGCUGCCCGACUCCUGGCCAGGUUUCUGCAGGAGGAGGGCCAUCCUCGGCCCGAAGGAUUUUCACAGAGCAGUUGCCUGAAAGUGGUGGGCAUCCUCGAAAACUUGGAGGAUCUGGGCAUACCCUCUGUGCUGAGGCCCAUAGUUCGGAAGUUCAAUGGCAAGCCCGUCCUCAUCGAAAAGGAGAGUGCUCGCUAUGGCGACCUCUCCUGCGGCUUUGUAGAGCUCGCCAUAGACAUACGGGGUUUCAAUGCCGUGGCACGGAACCUGCUGCGAAGGCUCCGAAGUCGGCUGCCGCAGUCGACGAUGCAGCUUGGCCUGCUUGUGCAAGGCGUAGAAGACAAGGAGCUGCCAGAGGGAUUCCUCGGUGUGGCGCGACUCCAGGGCCUGGAUCUUGGCCGCGGCCGCGCAGUUGCUGCUGCCGGCGAAGCAUGGCCGACACGCUACCUCCAAAGUGAGGACGCAAAACUGUCAGUCGCGGAGAACCUUCGGCCUCGAUCCCGGUGGCCUGUGCUUGCAGGGCUGUGGCAGCUGCGCUGCUGCUCCCGGCGUGCGAGACGUCCUGCGAGUUAA